AUGGAGUACAUGGACAGGCGUGGACUGCCCGUCCACCUGUUAGACAAUGAUGAAUCUUUGAAGAAGUUGUUAGAGUUUGAUGAUGGGUAUUGUUUCCUUAAACCGAUUCGAGGUACCCCAGCUUUUUGGCAGGGAGCACAGCGUGACCUGCUUGCUUGUGUUCGUCAGCUCGGUGUUCCUACUUGGUUUUGUUCCUUUUCUUCUGCUGAUAUGCGCUGGACAAAUCUUCUUGAUAGUAUUUUGAAACAGGAAGGUAGAACACAGACUGCUGCAGAUUUAGAGUGGGCAGACAGGUGUGAUCUUUUACGCCGCAAUCCUGUCACUGCGGCCAGGAUGUUUGAUUUCCGCUGGCAUUGUUUUUUGAGAGAGGUACUUAUGUCGCCAUCUCAUCCAAUUGGUAAAAUUAAGGAUUACUUUUAUCGAGUGGAAUUUCAGCAGCGCGGUUCACCUCAUGUGCAUUGCUUGUUUUGGAUUGAGAAUGCUCCGUUGAUUGAUAAAAACACAGAUGAAGAAGUAGUUGAAUUUAUUGAUAAAUAUGUAACAUGUGAGUUGCCAUCACAAGAUGAGACAUUAUUGGACAUUGUCACUUCUGUGCAGCAGCAUUCAAAACAACAUUCAAAAACUUGUAAAAAGAAAAACACGGUUUGUCGUUUCAAUUUUCCGAGGCCAGCAUCCGCUCGAACAUUUAUAUGUCGCAGUAAAAAUGAUGAAGAGUGCAAAAAAACAUGCAAUUGUCACAAAGAUGAGACAGAUAAAUCUUCAACAUGCGUUAAUCAUGGUCAGAAAACUUCAAAUGAAAUGAAAAAAGACUAUGCAGCAGAGAUUAUGACAAAAAUCAAGAAUGCUCUUUCCAAUGAGAGGAAUAGUUAUGAUAGUGUGGUACAUUUAUUCCAAAGUGUAGGGAUUGAUCAAGUCACUUUUGAGGCUGCAUAUAAGUGUUUAGCUAGAAAUACACAUAUUGUGUUAAAGAGGCAAGUUAAUGAAGUCUGGAUAAAUCAGUAUAGCAAACCACUAUUAAAAUGUUGGCAGGCAAAUUUAGACUUGCAAUUUGUUGUUGAUGCAUAUGCGUGCGUUGUUUAUAUUAUCUCUUAUAUGUCUAAGGCAGAAAGAGAGAUGGGAUUGUUGUUAGGGAACGCACAGAAAGAAGCAUCUAAGGACGGAAAUGUUAGUGCAAAAGAGGCAUUGAAAAAUCUAGGCAGUGUUUAUUUACAUAACAGAGAUGUGUGUGCUCAAGAAGCUGUGUACAGGUUGACAAAUAUGCAUUUAAAGGAAUGUUCGAGGAAAGUUGUAUUUGUACCGACAGGGGACAAUAUAGUUAGAAUGAGUUUGCCUUUGAGUGUGUUGAAACAAAAGGCAAGAUCGCGCGCUUGUACCUCAGAAGACAUUUGGAUGACUAGUUUUGUUGAUCGUUAUAAGAAUAGGCCAAAUGAUAGUGUAUUCAAUGAUAUGUGUAUGGCAACAUUUGCAUCGGAAUAUCGUGUUUUGAGUAAAAAUCAAAAAUCUCAGGCCUGCAUUAAAUUAAAGAAUGAUUGUGGUUUUAUCACAAAAAGAACACGAACAGAACCUGCAGUUGUUCGUUACGUGCGCUUUUCUGAGACAAAAAAUCCAGAAUUGUUUUACCAAAGUAUAAUGCAGUUGUUCUUGCCGUAUCGUGCAGAUGUGCAGCUAAAACCUCCAAAUUGUGAGACAUUUGCACAGUUUUACAAAAAUGGUCAUGUGAGGUUUAGUGAUGGGUCAAGACAUUCUGUUAAGUCAGUUGUUGAUUUGAAUAGAAGUCAUUUUGAAAUUAAAGCAGAUGAAUUGGAUGAAAUCCAGAAUACAAUUGAUAGAGAUGGUGUAUUAGAGGAUGCGUGGUGUGAGUUGUGCCCAGAGAAAGAGUUGGAGCGUUUACAGUGUGACCAAGAACAAAAAGACAAACAACAGAUAGUGGAAGAACAUGAGGAAAAUAUUCCAGAUUUAGCAGUAACUAGACAACAUGUUGCACAUUUGGAAAAAAGGAAAAACAUCAUGUGUAGAAGUGAUGGUUUGUCUGUUACAUCUGAUUGACAUGAGCCGUGACACUGUUUACAUAAAAGUUGGUGGUCAAACGUGGUCAUGUAGUUCAUCUGUACUUGUACAUAGUGAGAGCAGGCUCAGGUCCAGGGAGCGGCUCCUGUGCUACAGGCCCGUUCAUACCUGGUUCAAGGCUUCAUUAUUUUUUUAAUUGCUGUUUUUUUUUUGAUCUUUGAAUGAGACACAGCUGGCUGUUUUUUAUCAAAUUCGACAAUGGUGUUUAGAGAAAGUAUUAGGGAAAA